CGGAGCUUUGGUGGAUCUCAAGAGUUUGAUAUCUCCCCAUGAACCUUGGAUGGUGUAGAUCACCUGUGGGUUUCUUUUCCUGAAGGCAACUUGUUCUAUGGGGAAAUAGGACAAGCCGGGUCCUGCAUGCCAGCUUUUUCUCUGGCCUUUUGAACCCGCCUGCAUCCAGUGCCACCAGCAUCCUGGCUUGUAAAAUCUCCCCAGUCUAACCAGUCUGAGGGACAAGCCUUCCUAGACUAUUCUCGAGACUCCAUGGCUUCAUGGCUUCCUCCAGGAACUCAGAGGAAGAGCCCCUUCGCAGUCCUUUCCCUCUGACUCCCCCACCAGCUCUGGGGGAUGAGUACUAUCCUUUUGGGGGUGAGGGCCAGCCACCCUUUGUGGGGAAUGCUGCUGCUGCUGGAGCUGCGGGAGAAGGGGACCCCGAAGACUUGGAUCUGGGGGUGCUGCUUCAGAGGAAAGAACAGGACUUGCUGUUGGCAGCGGAAUUGGGAAAGAUGCUCCUGGAACAUAACGAGGAACUGGAACGACGCUAUGAUGAACUGAUGAAGGAAUAUUUGGAAGUCAAAGAGCAUCUUGAACAAGAGAAACAUGAACUCCGGAGGCACCUCGAAUCAGGCCGGGCGGAAUUUGAAACCCGGACGGCAGAGCUGGAGGCUGACUUGGUGGCCACCCGAGCCCAGCUAGGGCAGAAGCGUCUAGAACAGCAGGACACCAGCCGAGAGAACUCACAGGCAGUUUUAGACCUUUCAGAACAGAACCAACGUCUGGUGGAGCAGCUAAGUCAGGUCACUCACUUGGAGCAGCAACUCCAGGAAGAUUUGAUUGUAUUACGUGCAGAACAUCGGACUUUGACCCUCUGCAAUGCUGAGUACGGUGCCAGGAUGCAAAGUCUGCAAGCUGAGAAUCGCCUGCUUCAAGAGCGGAAGCAAGAUAUGGAGAAACAGAACCGUCAGCUCCGCGAGGAGAACGAAGCCAUCCAGGCACUGGUGGACACGUUACACGAAAACCUCCUCUUUCUCCGGAGAGAGAGCCGUGAAAAGCAGCUGAAGUUUAAACAGGUAGAAGCGGAAGCUGAGGAACUCCGGACUGCCAAUAGGCGCCUCCAGCAUCAGGUCAAGGAUCUGAAAGAAGAGAUCCGUCUGCAUGAGUUAGAUACCUCUGUUACCUCCAUCCAGUCCGAGAUUGAAAGCAGUUUAGGCGAUGCCCCAGGAGCUCCUGGACAGACACCAAAGUCAAUCACCCAUGGCGUCAACAAGACUGAUUCCACUCCAAAGAAGGCCUCUCCGAGUCCGGAGGAGAACAUCUCUGAAUACACCAAAAAGGUUUCAGCCUUGAACUAUCAGCAGCAAGAUAUCCUGGCCCAGAAAGAAAUGGAGAUUAGAAAACUCCAGGAUCAGGUGACUUUGCAACACGUGGAGCUCAGUGGUUUGAAGUCCGAGAUAGAGAACCAGCGGCGGUUGUACCAAGAAAGCAAUCGGGACAAGGCCUUGAAGUUAGCCGUAGCAGAUCGGGAUGAGGCGAUAAUCAAGAAAGGCGAAAUAGAACUGGAAUUGGCAAAAAUCUCCCUGGAGAGAGAUUCGCUGAGCCAACAGUUGCUGCGUGUCAUUCGACAGAAGAUGGCACUUUCUCAGGAAUUGGAAGCUUGGCAAGAUGAUAUUCAGUAUAUUAUUCACCAGCAACUUCUCCAGAAACAGCGGGAAGAACGCCACUGCCUCACCCCACCACCAAAGCCACCGACACAAGGCAAGGGUCCUGAAUUAUUUCGCGCUGGUGCCAGCAUGCCCAGUGGCACGGGCUUCUUCUCAUUCUUCCGGAAAAGCUGAAUUGUUGAAGGUUUCCAACAUCAGUUCGCCAACCUCUGCUCCAAGUUCUAAGAUCACCCUCUUCUGGUGAGUUGGAGACAUGACUCAUCUAAGUGGAUUAUUCCAGAGUGGCAGCUCGAGACAUCUACAGAUUCCAGCGCCUGGCUUUUGAUGGAAUGGAACCAGAAACAUGGCUUCUGAUCCUUCACUUUUUCAUAGAAUCAAGAUUGGUAGGAAGGGGCACAUUAAUCUCACAUCCCUCCCUUGCAAGAAGAAAUAGAUUACAGGUAGUCUUUGACUUUCAACCAUUCAUGUAGUGACAUUUCAAAGUUGCAAUGGCACUGAAAAAAGUGGCUUAUGACCAUUGUUCACAUUAUGACCAUUGUAGCUUCCACUUGGUCGCGAGAUCGUAUUUAUGAAGGAUGCUGUGUCCUAGAGUCAUGUGAUCACCUUUUGCGACCUUCUGAUAAGCAAAGUCAAUGGGAAGGCCAGAUUCACUUAACAACCAUGUGCCUAACUUAACAACUGCAGUGAUUCACUUAACAGCUGGCAAGAAACAUCGUAAAAUAACGACUGACUUGCCUGGCGAUGGAAAUUUUGGUCUCAGUUGUGGUCCUAAGUCGAGAAAGUCUUGUAAUGUUCGCUUCUUUCAAGUGGGAGACAACUGCUGGCAAAACAGGAACAUCCCUAGAGGGGGAAAUGAAAAAAAUCAAGAUGGCAGCUUCACUCUUGAAUUUUUGACCCACAUCCCACAGAUACUCUCUAGCAAACCAUGUCGCAGCAGACCCUAUUUUACUUUUCUUGGUUUGAAAAAAAAGGUAAUUGUCCCUUGGGUUGAACUCAGCUGCUAAUAGCUAUGUAGACACAUCUGUUUUCUGGGAAGUGUUGGAUUAAGCCUCAACGUUCUCUUCUUGUCUUAAAGAGUGAAUACCAAAGAAUGUAUCCAAGGAUUUGAUAUUUUAAUAGGCUGGAUAAUGGAAAAUAAAAGAGAAUCUGAACCAGGUUCUUAAAAUCCAGGCAGUCAGAGGACAAAGGUAGUGAAUGCAACAACUCUGGAAGUUUUUAAGAAGAGAUUGGACAACCAUUCCUCUGAAAUGGACCAGAGUUUCCUACCUGAACAGGGGGUUGGACUAGAAGACCUCCAAGGUACCUUCCAAAUCUAAAAAAAAAUAUUUUGUCAAUUCCACCUGAAAUAGUGCACAGCAGCAUGGGCAUGAAAGUCUCCCUUCAAAAUGCACCAGUAUUAUACUCUGUAAUGCAUUAGAGCAGAGGUCUUCAAACUUGACAACUUUAAAACUUGUGGGCUUCAACUCCCAGAAUUCCCCAGCAGCAUGGCUGGCUAAGGAAUUCUGGGAAUUGAAGUCCACAAGCCUUAAAAUUGCCCAAUUUGGAGACUUCUGCAUUAGGAUGUCCUCUUCAAUAAGAUCAACCUAUGGCAGACUCCCACUGGCUGUGUUGGGGCUGUAAAUCCUAGAAUUCCUAACCAUGACUGCCAUAUUCCUGGGAAUUCUGGACACUGUGGCCCAGUAUUUCUCAGUUUUGAAAGCUUUUAAGAUGUGUGGACUUCAACUCCCAGAAUUCCUUAGCCAGUCAUGCUGUAGUUGUAGUUCCACAAUCUUAAAGUUACCAAAGUUGGGAAACACUGCUGUAGCCCCUACUCAUUCAGAGAACAUCAAAUCGGGGAAGGCUGACUGAGAUUUUCUCUAUCACUUUUUUUUUUUUAAUAAAGUAUAUAUAUUUGUGGCUUUUUAAAAAUCUGCAUAUAUUUCUACAUAUGAGUUUCAGUCAUGUUGCUGAAACACCAGCAGGGGGCAGUAAUGCUCUAUCCUCUUCCUCCUCCCUUUUCUCUUCCUGUUGUAUGCAAACAAGAAACAAGAAGAUACUAUUUUGCACAUAUAAUUUCUAUUGCUAUUUAACAUACAGAAGAAUAUAUAUUUUGGUUUCAAUACCAAAGCUGACAGGCCUGAUCCAGACAGAGAUUUAUUUAUCUAUGAAGAAGAAAUUCUA